AUGGACAAUGCUGAAGAGCGCCUCCUCGCUUGCGCCGAGGGGAGCAGCCCACAGGAGCGGCGAUGGGUGCGAGCCAAGACCGAUCAAGGCGGCAGAAACGACCAAGCAUUGUUCCAGGGAAGGUCUGAGUCGGCAUCAGCUGCGCCGUGGUGGUUACCCACAAGCUCAUCGCCUGGAUCGCCGUCGAAGGAUCGUGGUCUCCUAAGUGGGGAGAGGCUGAGCAGUGCCCAAAACGGGCGCUACAGCUCCUUGCCGCACGACUCUCGUCCCAUACCCUGGGUGCCAGGCAGUGAUCCGCCGAACUUGAAACUUCCCCAGUCGCAGUCUUCUGAGGAACGAUCGCCAGCUCCAUCGCUUCCUAAAGCAACAGGAAGGGAGCUUGACGGCAGCAAGCGCGAAGCGGAAGAAGUGGAAGUGGAUCCGGAUGCAGCCGGUCUUCAAGCCGCGUCACCAUGGCGCGCAGAGAAGGCGGCAGCCAUCUGGGGCAGAAGUGAUAGCAUCACUGACGAUCGUCCGCUGCAGCGUCCUGCAUCGUCCCCUACUGUGGAUGCUGUCAUGGAGGUGAUUGAGCUGGAGCACGACUUCUACUCCAUCUCCUUGACCCCGCAGGUGCCUUGCUGGGCCGCUCUUUGUGCGCCGUUGGCAUCUUCCAUUGCGCAGCUGCUGGUGCUGUACUUUCUGGCCUACCAAAACGAGACGAUGUUUGAGGGUGGCAAGUGGAAACAGCCGAUCUCACCUUACUGGAGCCUCAACACGAUGAAGCUGAUCUCAAUCACGCUGUCUCUCUUUAAGGUGUCGAUAGAGCUUGGUCAUGCCCAGCGCCUCUGCAGAUCCCUUGUGGUGGGAGCUUUUUCGGAGAGCUUCCGCCCUGUCGUGGGCUGGUGGGCCCUUGCCCUGCAGUACUUCAUGGCACUUUCGGUUCUGUUCGUGUCUCUGUCAGUUGUGCUUGGUGCAACAUCGUGCGUUGCAUGCUUCUUGAAGAUUUUUAGCGUGUUCAUCAUCGUUGACAUGGACAACUUAGCUGCCGGAUUCGUCGAUGGAAUGACCCAUCUGGACUUCCGUGUCGAAGUCAGCGCAGAACGGCACAAAGUCUUUCGAAGGCACCACGGUCGGAUAGGCAGGUGCUUGUCUAUUCGAGCGAUUUUUAUGUUCAUGCCUGUGAUCUUGAUCCUUGCGUCCUUGAUUCUGUCUGUCUACUUCAACACGAUUCCCUUGACGCUGCUCAUGUUUGGCAAGGUCAGCAACGAAGAUGCACCCAAAAUGCUAGUUGACGCUGGCACUUGCGUGGCACAGCUGGUGCACCACAAGGGACAAGGCUUGUCUGCAAAUGUUUCCGUACUGCUACUUGCAGCUUUGGAUCCCGACAGUGACCUGGCCAUGGCACCCAGGCUGCAUUGGGUGGCCUUGGAGUAUACAUCGCAGCCGAUCACACCGUCCUCUCUGCAGGUCAUGAGAGGACAAGAUGCAGAUAACAACGGUGUUUUCAAGUCUGGUAGUGCAGAAACGGUCAGGAGUCAGGCUUACCAUUGGCUUGAGCAGAAUUCCUUCCCCCCGGAAAUCUACAGCAACUUGUUGAAGAAGGAGAAGCUGUACAAGACCUUUCAGCCGUUCGAAGCUACGUUUUUGAUCCCCGGCAUACAGGACGACGCACCCGCAACCUACACCCCGUCAACGUACAUGGUCUACGUGACGGCGCAGAAUCCCAUGAGCCAUGCUUUGGCUGGUACGCCUGCGAUAACAAGCUUGCUGAUACCUGCAUGUGCGCAAUACUGCACUUCGUGCGAACUUGCGGGACCUCGGCUGUGCGACGAGGGAAAGUGCAUAGAAGGUACGCACUUUCACGUUGGCAAAUGCUACCCGUGUGCGGCGAACUGCGACAGAUGCGAGCUCAAUGCCCUUGGGCACAACAUGUCCAAUUCGGAGUCCAUUGGAUGCGACAGCGGGGGAUGCAAGAACGGCUUCGGGCUGCAGCAGGGGAGGUGUCAGCCAUGCAAGGCCGCGAAUUGUUCACGCUGUUUGGAUGAGGAUCUGGGCGAGUGCGUGGAGUGCGAGCAUGGAUUAGGCAUAAGCUUCAAUGGCAGCUGCCAAACAUGUGGUGGGCCACACUGCAGGAGAUGUCUGGAGAAUGGCGGAUGCGAAAGCUGUGAGCAUGGGUGGGGCCCCGCCGAGAACGCAACCUGCGCAAAGUGUGCGGAUGGCUGUCGAGAAUGUCCAUUUUCCCACACAGAGUGCACAGCGUGUGAACUUGGAUAUGUUCUCCAGCACUGGAAGUGCCACCCCUGUAUCCAGAACUGCCGCAAUUGUUCGUCCACUGGCCUGCACGGCUGUGAUGAUUGCAGUGCAGGCUUCGGUUUGGACAGGGUGAGCAUGGAGUGCACGGCCUGUCAGGUAGAGAGUUGCCUGGGUUGCGAUGGAGAGCCUUGGCGUUGCACUCGCUGUCGGAAAGGAUUCGGCGUGACUCCGUCAGGUCUAUGCCAAGACUGUGGCGAGUUUUGUGCAGAAUGUGUUUCGAUCGACGAUUGCAAAGUCUGCCACAGUGGUUGGGUUGCUCGCGAUGGAAAGUGCCUUGGCUGCGCCGAUCGUUGCAGCAACUGCGACAAAGCUGGCCCGGCAAAGUGUGAUCGGUGCUUCCAGGGUUUCUAUCUCAACUCCGAGGAAACCUGUGACAGAAGAGUCAGCUUCUAA